GAUUUGAAGGAUUUAAUUGGAAGUAUUAAGAUCAUAAUUGGGUUACAUUUGACUGUUUUUGUUUUCCAUGUGUUAUGUUUGUGUUUAGAUUUCUGUUUUGUCUCUGUAUUUGUCUAGCAAGUUGUCCAUGUCCUCGUUACAUUUGGUUGCUGAUGGUGAUUUUAGUUUGUGUGAUUAAUGUGAUUAGUUCGAGUAUGCUGCUUUCCGUUUUCUGGUUGAUGGUGGAAGCAAAUUGUCAAUUCUGAAGCAUUUUUGUUUCUUCAGUUCUGAUUUGGACUUCUAUUUAUUCACCAUUUUGGUUGUGUGCAGGGCUAUACCUCCAUUCAGUAACUGAAACUAAGCUUGUUGUAGAUACAUCCAGGGGAGAACGGCUGCGGAUUAAUUUUGAUGUAACGUUCCCUGCACUUCCAUGUUCCAUGCUCAGUGUUGAUGCCAUGGAUAUUAGUGGCGAGCAGCACCUUGAUGUUAGGCAUGAUAUAAACAAGAAGAGGAUUGAUGUCCAUGGUAAUGUGAUAGCAACAAGGCAAGAAGGGAUUGGAGCUCCCCAGAUAGAAAAACCUUUGCAAAGACAUGGUGGCAGACUUGAACAUAAUGAAACGUAUUGUGGUUCUUGUUAUGGUGCAGAAACGUCAGAUGAUGACUGCUGCAAUACAUGUGAAGAAGUUCGAGAAGCAUACCGUAAGAAAGGUUGGGCUGUGUCAAAUCCAGAUCUCCUUGACCAGUGUAAAAGGGAAGGUUUUCUCGAAAGGGUUAAAGAAGAAGAAGGCGAAGGGUGCAACAUUUACGGCUUUUUAGAUGUCAAUAAGGUUGCUGGGAAUUUUCAUUUCGCACCUGGGAAGAGUUUUCAACAGGCCAAUGUUCAUGUCCAUGAUCUGCUGGCUUUUCAAAAAGACAGCUUUAACAUAAGCCACAAGAUUAAUCGGUUAACUUUUGGAGACUAUUUCCCUGGUGUUGUAAAUCCUCUUGAUGGUGUGGAUUGGACACAGAAAACACCUAAUGGGAUGUAUCAAUAUUUCAUCAAGGUGGUACCUACUGUAUACACCGAUAUAAGUGGAUACACAAUCCAAUCAAAUCAGUUCUCAGUUACUGAACAUUUUAAGGGAGCAGAAAGUGGCCGUCUUCAGUCUCUUCCUGGAGUUUUCUUCUUUUAUGAUCUAUCACCAAUUAAGGUCACUUUUACCGAGGAGCACAUAUCAUUUUUGCAUUUCCUUACCAAUGUCUGCGCUAUAGUGGGAGGUGUUUUCACUGUUUCAGGCAUCCUUGAUUCUUUCAUUUAUCACGGACAGAAGGCAAUCAAGAGGAAAAUGGAAAUCGGUAAAUUCAGCUAG